AUGCCUGUGCGAGUGAGUGAGAAGUACUUGACAGCAGCAGGUAUAAAUUGCGAGCCUUCGCUUUACGAUUCCAGUGGCGCGCCGCCCUUCUUCUUUGACGGUUCGGAGCUUAUAUUUUCUGCCUUUUGCCUUUCUGUUGACGUGGACCCUCUACAUCAAAUUCUCUCUUUUUUUUUUUCUGCUUUGAAAACAAAAGUUUUUUUCUUCUCUGUGUGGAGACGACUACGAUUUGCGCGUUCUUCCUCUACUGCUUCAGCAUCAUACGCCCCUUUUUUUGCCCCCUUCUUUCUUCUGUUUUUUUUUUUCUUAUGGUUAUUCGUGCGAUACGCUUUUUAUUUAUUUAUUUGUUUGUUUUCAUAA